AUUGGUGGCCGCGGUGCCCCGACGCUCCGCGGUGGCGGCGGCCGGUCCCGCUGCGCCGCGCCCGGCAUGGCGGCUCCCGCUGCACCCAGCACGGGGGCCGCGGCCGGCGGCACAACGGGCAGGGCACGAGGCGGCAGGGUCGCGUAGCAGAGCGGCUCCGGUGCGAAGAUGGGACUGCUGGUGUUCAUGCGCAACCUGCUGCUCGCCCUCUGCCUCUUCCUGGUGCUGGGCUUUCUCUAUUACUCCGCCUGGAAGCUGCACCUCCUCCGCUGGGAGGACUCCAAUUCAGUGGUUCUUUCCUUUGACUCCGUUGGACAUACGAUAGGCUCAGGAAGGAGAGAGAGAAAAGCUGUGGCCAUUGUGCUUCCGUUGUCCAUCCCAUCUCACCUUGCUGCAGACCCAGGAAAAGACAGAGCCCAGAAAGAACCCAAAGAGACAAUGGCAGCUGCAGACCCAGCCAUUCCCAAGUAUGACAAACUGGGCUUUCUCCUGAACCUGGACUCAAAACUGCCUCCAGAAUUGGCGUCAAAGUAUGCAAAUUUCUCUGAGGGAGUGUGCAAGCCUGGUUAUGCAUCAGCACUAAUGACUGUCAUCUUCCCAAAGUUCUCAAAGCCGGCACCAAUGUUCUUAGAUGAUUCCUUCAGGAGGUGGGCUCGUAUCAGGGACUUUGUACCCCCCUUUGGAAUUAAAGGACAAGAUAAUUUGAUCAAAGCCAUCCUGUCAGCAACCAAAGAUUACCGUCUAACUCCAGCUCUUGACAGUCUCAGCUGCCGACGAUGUAUUAUUGUGGGAAAUGGUGGAGUACUUGCCAAUAAGUCAUUGGGGUUAAAAAUUGAUGACUAUGAUGUUGUUGUCAGGCUGAAUUCGGCUCCGGUGAAGGGGUUUGAAAAAGAUGUGGGUGGCAAAACGACACUCCGGAUCACAUAUCCUGAAGGUGCAAUCCAGAAAAUGGAGCAGUAUGAGAAGGAUUCCCUGUUUGUUCUGGCGGGAUUCAAAUGGCAGGAUUUCAAGUGGCUGAAGUACAUUGUUUACAAGGAGAAAGUGAGCGCCUCUGAUGGCUUUUGGAAGUCAGUGGCGACCCAUGUCCCCAGAGAACCUCAUGAGAUACGUAUCCUGAAUCCUUACUUCAUCCAGGAGGCAGCAUUCAGCUUCAUUGGACUGCCUUUCAACAACGGCCUGAUGGGCAGAGGGAACAUCCCCACCUUGGGAAGUGUAGCAAUAACCAUGGCACUCCACAACUGUGAUGAGGUGGCAGUCGCUGGGUUUGGCUAUGACAUGAGUUCACCCAAUGCGCCGCUGCACUACUAUGAGAACAUCAAGAUGUCUGCCAUCAAAGAGUCCUGGACACACAACAUCCAACGGGAGAAGGAGUUCCUGCGGAAGCUGGUGAAAGCCCGAGUCAUCACGGACCUGACCAGUGGGAUCUGAGUAGCUGCAGCCCCUGCCUCAAAGGGAGGAGAGAAAGACACACGCUGUGGCUCUGGGAGCAGGCACUGGCAGCCCUCCACAAGAAUCCCACUUCCCUGGAGACACACAGAGAUGCCCUGGUGCUCUGGGAAGGCCCUCUCGCAUCGCCGGGCUACAGGAGGGUUGUAUCUGCAGCCUCCAGUCCUGGAGCUGACAGGAGGCGGGCGAGGGGCUCAGUGGGCAGUUCUUGAACUCUGCAUCACAGACGGAUCUUCUGUGUCCAGAAUUAAACAAGAAAGACUCAGGAGAGAGAAGAAAGGUUUGUGAAUAAAGCGAUUUGUGCCAAAUGGGAGGUGACGCUGCCCCGAGGCAGCAGUGCCUGAAUGUACAAAGUAUUAUUUUUUAAAAGAAACUCUGCUGGAAUCAACGUAGAAUUACUACGGUGCAAAGCAAGUCUGCUUGUGCACAGCCCUGCGGAAAGCUCGGCCUCUCCAUGCUCCAUCUGCAUUCUCACCACCUUCAGACUUUUCCCCAGGGAAACAAGUCCGUCCAAAACAUCAGUGUUGUUGGUGCUGCUAUAAUUUAAAGGGAGGUUGGCUUUCCCUCCUUCUCCACUUGGAGCUUCUCGUUGGAGAUGAGCACGGGUUUGUUUUACUGCACUUUUCCUCACUUCCUGCGUAGAAGCGGCAGCAGCAGCCACUCACUUGGCUGCAUAUUCCAUAGCUGUUUGCUCUGCCCUGACGCUGGAACUGGUGGCUCUCUGCCUGCAGCAGACCCUCCAUCCUGCCUGUCACAGCGCUGCGGAGCCCACCUCGUUGUGCUCAGGGCUGUCAGGUCUGUGCUUGCUGUACAGAGCCCUCGUGGAGUCCAUGCAGAUCGGUGUCACCAUAUCUGGACAGCAUCCUGCUUUGUUUUUGUGGGGAAAAUCAGUGGUUUGUUUUUCAGAAGGAGGUCAGAUACUGCGUGGGGAUCUGAAGCUUUGCAGUUGAAGAGCAGGCCACCGGAGAUGUUUUAUGUUCCAGACUCGAUCAUGUUCCCUGUUUAAGUGACUUGUGACCUCAGCAAUGAUGGAGCUUGCUGGCAAAUGUGGGGUCCUGUUGGAAGCCCUCGCCUUCUGCUUGGCCCCUGCUCACUUCAUGUCCAAGCUCCUCCUGUGCUGCUCAAGCACUGCUGCUCCUCCUGCUCUCAGGAGCAUGUCCCUUCCUUUGCUGUCUUGGUUCCGAGAUGCAGUAUUUGCACAUUUGAUUUGUGUACGUAUUUCAGAGGAGCUGGAAUAAACUGAGCGCCGUGGCUGAGUGUGAGGACAGCAGGAUGAUCUCGUCCACCUGGAGAGUGUGGGCAGGAGGGGGACUGCUGGGGGAAACUGCAGUGCAGCCUCUGAGCCACAUCCCUGUGUUGAGGCCACCACUGGGGCUGGUGGAGGUGACCCUGCAGGGAUGCUGGCUGGGUCAUGGUGCUGUAUCUGCCAUAUUCCAAGGACUGCAGCUUGCCUUGCUCUGAUUCCCUACUCCUUUCCCCCACCCCUGCCAGCUGGGUGCUCCCUGCUGCCUCAGGUACAUGUUUGCCCUAGGAUGCUCCGUGAAGUAUCCAGCCCAGAAAGAUGGGCUUUCCAGCAGAUCUGGAGCAUCAGCUGUGGCGUACUCACUUGGGUACCCUCCCUCCGUUAGCAAUCCGUAUGUGGCAGCCUGGGCACAGGAGCCAUCAGCAGCAGAGGCUCUGCCACAGCGGCAGUGGAGGUGCCUGGGCUGGACCUGGCCCUGAAUUAGACCCUAAUGCUUGAACCGGGUCUUCAGCUGCUGCUGUGGGAGCCCCAGAGGGGUGCUGGGCCCCAUCCACGAGCUGCCGGAGCUGAGAUGCCAGAGAGCAGGGAACUGCAGCCAGGAGGAGGGUGAAGAGCCAUCCAUGUCAGUGCUGGACUCUUCACUACCACCAGAGGUGCUGUGGAGGGAGCCCCAUGGAGACCUGUGAUAGCAUCAGUUUGAUUCAAUUGGUUUUACUGAAUACUACAAAGCUGUGAGGCUCCGUUAUGUUCCAGCUCACAGGCUCCAGGGAGGGAACUCCUCUUUCCCUGGCAUCCCAGCUCCCCACCAUGGCUGGGGACAGGUCCUGAUGGUGACCCUGGGCUUUUCCCUGCACCCUGGUGGGGCACCCAGGAGCUGAGCACAUGGCCCAGGGCCACCUGCAAGCAGAAGGAGAGGAGAUGGAGGUGAUGGGUUUCCCCCAUCUCACUGUCUCAUUGACAUCAGUGAGACAAGUGCAGCCCUCUGACCAAGCCCUGGAGGUGAUGCUGGUACAUUCCACCCCAUGGCAGCACACAGCACUGAGUUUCACUGCUGGCAGCUGCUCCUUUGGCUGUCUCCUCGCAUGCACCUGCAGCCACCUCCGAAAUGCAGCAGUCCUGCCAGCUCCGAGCAGUGUGCGGGUCAGGGCAGGGUCAGUGGGACGGAUGCGAGUCUCUGCCUCUCCCUCACCAUGACUCACCUUUUUCAGCUCAGAAAGGAGAGCCCAGGGGAAUUCUCCAAGGCCUAAAUAUAGAGCGGGGUUGCCUGACAGCUCUGCCACGCUGCUGUGCAGAAAGGCCAUCGGGGUGGCAGGGAAUCUGCCAGGGGAGAGGCUGGGGAGGUCAGGGCUGGGGAAGCCCCAUGUCAGCGGCUGUGGCUGUGCUGCUGGUGCAGGGCUGGGGCUGGGGGCUGCGGCAGGGCCAGAGCCUGGCCCUUUGGUGUGUGCCAUGCAGCCACCACUCAGUUCUGGGCUCCUCUGCAGCCCGAGGUGACACAGGGAGUGCUCGGAGUGCUGUGAGCUGGUACUGUGCCACACUGAGGUACGAGAACUCAGUGAGUUUUUAAAGCCAGUUUUAGGUUCUGCAGGUUUUUGUUGGGUUUUUUUUGUUUGUUUGUUUGUUUUGUUUGGUUUUUGUUUUGGUUUGGUUUUGUUUUGGUUUAAUUUCCCCUCUAGGCAGGGAGGUGGGAGUCUGGCAGGCUCCUCAAGCCGGCUUUAUGUCACAUCAAUUCAGUCAUAUCACAGAAGCAAUAAAGCUAUCAAACAAG